AUGAAACUAUGGCAACUCAGUGCUAUUGAACUGGCCAGCGGAAUUUCCAAGGGUGAGUUCACUGCCACACAGGUGGUGACAGAGCAUCUGGAGCGAAUUAAAGAAGUUAACGCGGCGCUGAACGCCAUUGUGGUCGUGAUGGCGGAGACCGCCAUUAAAUCAGCAGCAGAAGUUGAUCGUGCCCGCGCAAAAGGCGAACGGUUAGGCCCUCUCGCCGGCGUGCCCAUGACCAUCAAAGAAAACAUUGAUUGUGUCGGUACCGCCACAACUCAGGGCGUGCCCGCACUCGCAGAAGCUUUUCCAACAAUGAACUCACCCAUUGUUGACCGCAUGCUGGCGGCUGGCGCCAUUCCCAUCGGGCGCACCAACUUACCGGAGAUGGGCUUGCGGCUGCAUACCGACAAUGCGCUUCGAGGCCCGACGAUCAAUCCCUGGAAUGCUGAUCGAACCACGGGGGGAUCUUCCGGCGGCGAAGCUGUCGCCCUGGCGACCGGCAUGUCCCCUAUCGGCCUGGGCAAUGAUAUUGGCGGGUCACUGCGAAACCCUGCAAACUGCUGUGGAAUUGCCUCGAUCAAGCCUACCCAGGGCAUCGUGCCUCAUGCCGUGACCAUUCCAUCUGAAGACGAACCCAUCAGCUUUCAGCUAAUGCUCAGUGAUGGACCGAUGGCCAGACGAGUCGCCGAUGUUCGUUUAGGUCUGGAUCUGAUGCGGGGUCAUCACCCUCGAGAUCCCAACAGCAUGAGCGCUGAACUAAGCACAAUCGAUAGACCGUUAAAAAUUGCCUUGAUGGCGGAACCGCCCGGCGGUGACACCGAUUCACGCAUCGCUGACGUUACCCGAAACGCGGCGAGCGCGCUGGAAGCCGCAGGGUGCAUCGUGACGCAAGCAUCACCUCCCGGUAUGGUACAGAUGAUUGAGCUAUGGACGCACCUGCUCGAUAACGAUGUUUCUUUGACAUUACCCCUCCUGGCCCCUCUCCUCUCUGGUGAUGCAAUGGCAUUUCUUGAGGAUUUUCGUGACGGUCGGCAGACACCGAGUGUCGAAGAUUAUGGCACCUGGCUUACCACGCGCAUGGCAGUGUCUCGGCAAUGGGCAACCUUCUUCGGCGAGCAUGACCUGCUGUUGUCUCCAACCUGGACCCAACUGCCUUUUCAUGUGGGGUGGGACAUUGCGCAAAAGGGGCGUGCCGUUGAAACCAUGCAGCAGGCAAGAUGUAUCAUGCCCGGCAAUGCACUUGGCCUGCCCUCCGCAUGUGUACCCUCCGGCAUGGUCGAUGGCAUGCCGGUUGGCGUCCUGUUAACCGGUGGACGUUUUAGUGACUACUUGUGCCUGGAUGGCGCGGCGAUGAUCGAAACUGCGUUGGGUGUUGAGACACCAAUUGAUCCGCGCUAG